AUGAAUAAAAAUAGCAACAGCACUACGAAAACCAAUACAUCAAACACUGUCCAUAUCAGAAAUACGAUACCCUCCACCCAAUAUUACAAAAACAAGACGCUCAUAUUAGAUUUAGACGAGACAUUGGUUCAUUCUAUUCGACUCGGUAACAACAGUAACAGUAGUAAAAUAAGCCCGUCCAUCGUACGUAAGAGUAUCGAGGUUCAUUGUGAUAAACAAUCGCUCAUGUAUGAAGUAUACAAACGACCCCACGUAGAUUUCUUUCUAAAAACUAUAAGUCAGUGGUAUAAAAUUGUCAUUUACACAGCUUCCAUGGCAGAAUAUGCCGACCCCGUGAUAGACUGGCUUGAUCAAGAGAAUAAUUUGAUUUCACAAAGAUUCUUUCGACAGUCGUGUGUCAUUGUCAAUGGCAACUAUCUCAAAGACUUGACUUUAGCAGAGAAAGAUUUAUGUAAAGUGUGUCUCGUAGAUAACAGUCCUGUUGCUUUUGAUUUAUUUAAAGAAAAUGGUGUGGCUUUACCUACUUGGAUCUCCAACCCCAACGAUGAAAGUUUAUUAGAUCUAUUACCGUUUUUGGAUGCACUCAGAUUUGCUGCCGAUGUAAGAAGUAUUUUGAAGCUACAGAAUGUUGUUAGUGAUUGA